UCUCGGCGGCGCCGCGGCCCCUGCUCCGGGCCGCUCGUGCAGGCGCGCGGCGGGGCGCGGGGCCGGGGCCUGAGGCGCGGGCGACGCCCGGGGUCCUGCCGGCCGCCCCGGCCAUGGAGUGAGCGCCGCCGCCCGCCCGCCCUCCGCCCCCGGCCUCGCCCGCGGGCUUGCGCCGCCCGCCGGGCCUCCGACUCCCAGAAACACACCAGAGACCGAUUGAUUGUGGCCGGGUUUUGGGUGGCAAAAAGGGAAAAUGGCGAACGACUCCCCUGCAAAAAGUCUGGUGGACAUCGACCUGUCCUCCCUGCGGGAUCCGGCUGGGAUUUUCGAGCUGGUGGAAGUGGUGGGAAAUGGCACCUACGGACAAGUCUAUAAGGGUCGACAUGUUAAAACCGGUCAGCUGGCAGCCAUCAAAGUCAUGGAUGUUACGGAGGAUGAAGAGGAGGAAAUCAAGCUGGAGAUAAAUAUGCUGAAGAAAUAUUCUCAUCAUAGAAAUAUUGCAACGUAUUACGGUGCUUUCAUCAAAAAGAGCCCCCCAGGACACGAUGACCAACUCUGGCUUGUUAUGGAGUUCUGCGGGGCCGGAUCCAUCACAGACCUCGUGAAGAACACCAAGGGCAACACGCUCAAGGAAGACUGGAUAGCCUACAUCUCCAGGGAGAUCCUGAGGGGACUGGCGCAUCUCCACAUCCAUCAUGUGAUUCACCGGGACAUCAAGGGCCAGAAUGUAUUGCUGACCGAGAACGCAGAGGUGAAGCUUGUGGAUUUCGGCGUGAGUGCUCAGCUGGACAGGACUGUGGGCAGGAGAAACACCUUCAUAGGCACCCCGUACUGGAUGGCUCCCGAGGUCAUCGCCUGUGACGAGAACCCCGACGCCACCUAUGAUUACAGGAGUGACCUGUGGUCCUGCGGCAUCACAGCCAUUGAGAUGGCAGAAGGCGCUCCCCCUCUCUGUGACAUGCACCCCAUGAGAGCGCUGUUUCUCAUCCCCAGAAACCCUCCUCCCCGGCUGAAGUCCAAAAAAUGGUCAAAGAAGUUUUUUAGUUUCAUAGAAGGGUGCCUGGUGAAGAAUUACGUGCAGCGACCCUCCACAGAGCAGCUUCUGAAACACCCUUUUAUAAGGGAUCAGCCAAAUGAAAGGCAGGUUAGGAUCCAGCUCAAGGACCAUAUAGACCGGACCAGGAAGAAGAGGGGAGAGAAAGAUGAAACCGAGUAUGAGUACAGCGGGAGUGAGGAAGAGGAGGAGGAGGUGCCUGAGCAGGAGGGGGAGCCCAGCUCCAUCGUCAACGUGCCCGGCGAGUCGACGCUCCGCCGGGACUUCCUGAGGCUGCAGCAGGAGAACAAGGAGCGCUCGGAGGCCCUGAGGAGGCAGCAGCUGCUGCAGGAGCAGCAGCUGCGGGAGCAGGAAGAGUACAAGCGGCAGCUGCUGGCGGAGAGGCAGAAGCGCAUCGAGCAGCAGAAGGAGCAGAGGCGGCGGCUGGAAGAGCAACAAAGGAGAGAGCGGGAAGCCAGAAGGCAGCAGGAACGUGAGCAGCGGAGGCGAGAACAGGAGGAGAAGAGGCGGCUGGAGGAGCUGGAGCGACGGCGCAAGGAAGAGGAGGAGCGGAGGAGGGUCGAGAGGGAGCAGGAGUACAUCAGGCGGCAGCUGGAAGAGGAGCAGCGGCACCUGGAGCUCCUUCAGCAGCAGCUCCUCCAGGAGCAGGCCAUGCUACUGGAGUGCCGCUGGCGGGAGCUGGAGGAGCACCGGCAGACGGAGCGGCUCCAGAGGCAGCUGCAGCAGGAACAGGCCUAUCUCCUGUCUCUACAGCAUGAGCCCCGGAGGCUCCCGCCGCCCGACAGGAGCAAGGCCGGCCUGCACGGCGCCGAGCCCAAGGCCCAGCACGAGCCCGCCGACCGGGCCCGCGAGGUGGAAGAUAGAUUUAGGAAAACUAACCACAGCUCCCCUGAAGCCCAGUCUAAGCAGACAGGCAGAGUAUUGGAGCCACCAGUGCCUUCCAGAUCAGAGUCUUUUUCCAAUGGCAACUCCGAGUCUGUGCACCCUGCCCUGCAGAGACCAGCCGAGCCACAGGUACAGUGGUCCCACCUGGCAUCUCUCAAGAACAGUGUUUCCCCUGUCUCGCGAUCCCAUUCCUUCAGUGACCCUUCUCCUCCCAAAUUUGCACACCACCAUCUUCGCUCUCAGGACCCAUGUCCACCUUCCCGCAGUGAGGUGCUAAGUCAGAGUUCUGACUCUAAGGCGGAGGUACCCGACCCCGCCCAAAAGGCUUGGUCUAGAUCAGACAGUGACGAGGUGCCUCCAAGGGUUCCUGUGAGGACGACGUCCCGGUCCCCCGUCCUGUCCCGUCGGGAUUCCCCGCUGCAGGGCAGCGGGCAGCAAAAUAGCCAAGCAGGUCAGAGAAGCUCCACCAGCAGCAUCGAGCCCAGGCUGCUGUGGGAGAGAGUGGAGAAGCUGGUGCCCAGGCCCGGCAGUGGCAGCUCCUCGGGGUCCAGCAACUCAGGAUCCCAGCCCGGCUCCCACCCUGGGUCUCAGAGCGGCUCCGGGGAGCGCUUCAGAGUGAGAUCAUCAUCCAAAUCUGAGGGCUCGCCAUCUCAGCGCCUUGAAAAUGCAGCAAAAAAGCCUGAAGAUAAAAAGGAAGUUUUUAGACCUCUCAAGCCCGCUGGCGAAGUGGACCUGACGGCCCUGGCCAGAGAGCUCCGAGCGGCGGAAGACGUGCGGCCGCCGCACAAGGUGACAGACUACUCCUCGUCCAGUGAGGAGUCCGGGACGACGGAUGAGGAGGACGACGACUUGGAGCAGGAAGGGCCCGAGGAGCCCCCCUCGGGGCCGGAGGACGCCAGAGCCGCGUCAUCUCUGAACUUGAGCAACGGUGAAACGGAGUCCGUGAAAACCAUGAUCGUCCACGACGACGUGGAGAGUGAACCAGCCGUGACCCCGUCCAAGGAGGGCACCCUGAUCGUCCGCCAGAGUGCAAUUGACCAAAAGCGCGCCAGCCAUCAUGAGAGCAAUGGCUUUGCCGGUCGCGUUCACCUCUUGCCAGAUCUCUUACAGCAAAGCCAUUCCUCCUCCACCUCCUCCACCUCCUCCUCCCCAUCCUCCAGCCAGCCGACACCCACCAUGUCCCCACAGACACCCCAGGACAAGCUCACUACUAAUGAGACUCAGUCCGCUAGUAGCACACUCCAGAAACACAAAUCUUCCUCCUCCUUUACACCUUUUAUAGACCCCAGAUUACUACAGAUUUCUCCAUCUAGUGGGACAACAGUGACUUCUGUGGUGGGAUUUUCCUGUGAUGGAAUGAGAUCGGAGGCCAUAAGGCAAGAUCCUACCCGGAAGGGCUCAGUGGUCAAUGUGAAUCCCACCAACACUAGGCCACAGAGCGACACCCCAGAGAUUCGCAAAUACAAGAAGAGGUUUAACUCCGAGAUUCUGUGCGCUGCCUUGUGGGGAGUGAACUUGUUGGUGGGUACAGAGAGUGGCCUGAUGCUGCUGGACAGAAGUGGCCAAGGGAAGGUGUAUCCUCUGAUCAACAGAAGACGAUUUCAACAGAUGGACGUCCUGGAAGGCUUGAAUGUCUUGGUGACAAUAUCUGGCAAAAAGGAUAAGUUACGUGUCUACUAUUUGUCCUGGUUAAGAAAUAAAAUACUUCACAACGAUCCAGAAGUUGAGAAGAAGCAGGGCUGGACGACUGUGGGAGACUUGGAAGGAUGCGUACACUAUAAAGUUGUAAAGUAUGAAAGAAUCAAGUUUCUGGUCAUUGCUUUGAAGAGUUCUGUGGAAGUCUAUGCGUGGGCACCCAAGCCAUAUCACAAAUUUAUGGCCUUUAAGUCGUUUGGAGAUUUGGUGCAUAAGCCAUUACUGGUGGAUCUCACUGUUGAGGAAGGCCAGAGGUUGAAAGUGAUCUAUGGAUCCUGUGCUGGAUUCCAUGCUGUUGAUGUGGAUUCAGGAUCAGUCUAUGACAUUUAUCUACCAACACACGUAAGAAAGAACCCACACUCUAUGAUCCAGUGUAGCAUCAAACCCCACGCAAUCAUCAUUCUCCCUAACACGGAUGGAAUGGAGCUUCUGGUGUGCUAUGAAGACGAAGGGGUCUAUGUGAACACCUAUGGAAGGAUUACCAAGGAUGUGGUUCUGCAGUGGGGAGAGAUGCCAACGUCUGUAGCAUAUAUUCGAUCCAAUCAGACGAUGGGCUGGGGAGAAAAGGCCAUAGAGAUCCGGUCUGUGGAGACCGGCCACUUGGAUGGUGUGUUUAUGCACAAAAGGGCUCAAAGACUGAAAUUCUUAUGUGAACGCAACGACAAGGUGUUCUUCGCCUCGGUCCGGUCCGGGGGCAGCAGCCAGGUGUACUUCAUGACGCUGGGCAGGACCUCUCUUCUGAGCUGGUAGGAGUGGCGGGCGGGUAUGCCGGCCCCGGAGUCA